ACAACCAACUUAACGUCGUACAUGACUGUGCGGCUUUGACAAAAACAAAAUCUCAUUUUGUUCGGGAAAAUUAACAAUUUCUCUGUGCUAAACGAAGCUACGGCCACAAUCCGAUCACAAUGCCUGCCGAAAAUCUGGAGGAGCAGGGCCUGGAGAAGAACCCGAACCUGGAGCUGGCGCAGACCAAAUUCCUGCUCACCCUGGCGGAGUACAAGCAGGAUGCGCCUCUGAAGGCGAAGCUCCUUGAGGCGAUUCGCACGGAGAACAUGGCUCCGUGGUACGAGCACAUCUGCACGGAACUCGGCUGGGUCGUGGACAAGGAUCUGCUGGCACGCAUGAAGGAGAACAACCGCGUCGAGGUGGAGCAGCUGGACGCGGCCAUCGAGGAUGCGGAGAAGAAUCUGGGCGAGAUGGAGGUGCGCGAGGCGAACCUUAAGAAGUCGGAGUACUUGUGCCGCAUUGGCGACAAGACUGCGGCGGAGACAGCCUUCCGCAAGACCUACGAGAAAACCGUAUCGCUGGGUCACCGCCUGGACAUUGUGUUCCAUUUGAUCCGCCUGGGGCUUUUCUACCUGGAUCACGAUCUCAUCACGCGGAAUAUUGACAAGGCCAAGUAUUUAAUAGAGGAAGGUGGCGACUGGGACCGGCGUAAUCGCCUGAAGGUCUACCAGGGCGUCUACUCGGUGGCAGUGCGCGAUUUCAAGGCGGCGGCAACCUUCUUCCUUGACACCGUGAGCACCUUCACCUCCUACGAGCUGAUGGACUACCCCACCUUUGUGCGCUACACCGUGUACGUCGCGAUGAUCGCCCUGCCGCGCAAUGAGCUGCGCGACAAGGUGAUCAAGGGCUCCGAGAUCCAGGAGGUGCUCCACGGCCUGCCCGAUGUCAAGCAGUUCCUGUUCGCCCUGUACAACUGCCAGUACGAGAACUUCUACGUGCAUUUGGCCGGCGUGGAGAAGCAGCUGCGCUCGGACUACCUCAUCCAUCCCCACUACCGCUACUAUGUGCGCGAGAUGCGCAUCCUGGGCUACACCCAGCUGCUGGAGUCGUACCGCUCCCUUACCCUGCAGUACAUGGCCGAGUCGUUCGGCGUCACCGUGGACUACAUCGACCAGGAACUGGCCCGCUUCAUCGCCGCCGGACGGCUGCAUGCCAAGGUGGAUCGCGUGGGCGGCAUCGUGGAGACCAAUCGGCCGGACAACAAGAACUGGCAGUACCAGGCCACCAUCAAGCAGGGCGAUCUGCUGCUCAACCGCAUCCAGAAGCUGAGCCGCGUGAUAAACAUCUAAUGUAGUUCUUCAUAUAUAAAAAGGUUUAUUCAAAUUCAACAUUUUAUUACACAGUGUAAAGCUAACGCAACGUACAACAAUAAAAACGAUAUAUAAAAAACUCAUGGAAA